UAUCGAAUUUUGGAGCUUUUAAUUUUCUUCACUAGAAAAGAAAAGAAUCUAGGAAACGUCAUUUAUACUUUUCAAGCUUUGAACAGUUUCUUUUUUUUUUUUGAAAUUUGAUUUUUUCCCUUUUUUUAAAAAUGGAAGUAUUUUAAUCUUUAAAUAUACUUCCAAGUUCCUUCUUUUUUAUUGUCUUUUUUUUUAUAAAUUAAAUAUUGAAUUUGAUAAUUGUAGAUCUUAGAUAGAUCAAAGUCUACAAGUCCCAUGUGGGUAAAAUCAUGAGAAUUGGUAUCUUCAACUAACCCGUUUAUCUCGAUCUAAGAUUUCUUCAACUUUUUUUUUUCAUACAGUUUGCAAAUGGCAAAAGGAAGCAAAGGACGACGUAGAAGUGCUUUCAGGCAAUGCCGGCCAACCCCAUACUCAUUGUCCUCACAGCGCCCAGGGAUCUCUGGGGAUUUGUACCACAAAAAAUGUUCCAAACCUUUGGAUAAGAAAGAUUGGGAAGAUGUAACAUGUUCUGUUUGCAUGGAGUGCCCUCACAAUGCUGUUCUUCUUCUCUGUUCAUCUCAUGACAAGGGCUGCCGUCCCUACAUGUGUGGAACUAGCUUCCGAUAUUCAAAUUGCCUUGACCAGUACAAGAAGUUCUACACUAAAGUAGUCUCAUCCAGUCACGAAGAAUCUUUGCAUGGUUCCAUUGAUGAUCUGGUUCUAGCGCCAAGUGUUGAGAAGUGUGAAGUGACGGAACUUGCAUGUCCACUUUGCAGGGGUCAAGUGAAAGGAUGGACUGUGGUGGAACCUGCAAGGGAAUAUUUAAAUGCUAAAAAGAGAAGCUGCAUGCAGGAUGACUGUACCUUUGUUGGGACUUUUAAGGAACUAAGGAAACACAUGAAAGCCAAUCAUCCGUCUGCCAAGCCACGUGAAGUGGAUCCUACUCUUGAACAGAGAUGGAGAAGGCUUGAACGAGAGCGUGAAAGAGAGGACGUGAUAAGCACAAUAAGAUCAGCUAUGCCAGGGGCAAUGGUUUUUGGUGAUUACGUGAUAGAAGGAAAUCAUCGUGGUUUCGAGACAGAUGAAGAAGAUGGUCCCGACACAGAUCCUGCAGAUCGUAACGGAAAUUUUGAAGUUGGCUUAGAUAGUAAUGUCGUUAACUUCUUUCUUCUCCUGCAUGCAUUUGGUCCAUCAGGUAAUGACCUGAGUAGACGACCAAGGCAACCUACACACACACCUGACGAGGACACUGUUGGCAUUCACCACACCUCCCCCGUUGGGGAUCUCGGUUCCUCUGGUCAAGAUGACGACGAAGAUGAUGGCAGUGAUAUUUCUUUGGUUAGCCGCCUUCGCCGGCAUGGCAGACUUCUUUUGGGACGUUCAGGCCGAAGACGUAGACGAAGAGAAGGCACCACGGGUGGUCAAAUAUAGAUCAAAGUUAUACCCAUAGUGGGGGAAAACAGGAAAAAAAGGUAACACAUCUUCAUAGUGUUGGGCAAAAAUUAGGUAAAAAGAAAAACACAUAAAAAAGAAUUGACCUUGAAUUUGCAGCAAUUUACUUCUAAUUCAUUUUAGGGGGAAAAAAGAUACGUUUUCAAUUUGUUGUUGUGUAAUCAUUUGGGUGUGUUCAUAAUUCCUUUUCCCUUCUGUUAAUUGCAAAAAAAAAUGUAAUUUGUUCAGUUAACUUGUGUUAAUCAUCUGUCAUGUGUAUAUAUUGACUUUGUAUUGUUAAAAAUAAAACCUCAAGCCUUUUAAUAGGAUGAGGAUAUGCAGCGAAGACUAUGCACAGAUUGAAAAGUCUUCAUGCAAGUGAAACAUUAUUUGUAUUUUUGGGGCCAAGAAAAUUUGUGCUUAAUUGAUUCAAACAUACUGUUUGAUUGUUUA